AUGGUAUGUUUUUUGAUGGGUUUUGAUGACAGCGUGAAUCUACGAAUAACAGCUGGCAUACAGGAGAAAGGAUGGAGAGAUGACUUGUCGGAAAAGGCACUACAGUACCUCAAAUCUCCAGAUAGUGUGAAGGCUGACUUGAUUACCACUGAUAAAGAGUCUUUCAAGAAGACGGACCCUAAGCCAUUGUGGUACAGAGUAUUUACAAUGGUUUCAAAAUUACUGGAACAGAAAAAGGAGGAAGUUCUCCCACCUAUUCUGUAUGGAUGCAAUGGUGUCAUCACAAAGGGAGAAGCGGAGGACGUUCUGUCUGUUGCCUGUCUCUACACAUUCCAGUGA